GUGGUGGAAGUGGGAAUGGAGGAGGAGGAACAGGAGGAGGAGAGAUUCCGGGCGUCUUCAGAUGUUGAACGUCACGCCUCAUCAUCACCAGCACUCACACAUCCACUCCACCUGCACCUGCACCAGCAAGACACAGCGGCGGGCGGGGUGCACCCCCUGAUGGACCCGUUGGCGUCGGGGUCUCCCCUGGCCCGCCUGCCCUACCCAGGGGCAACGCUGGGCACCCCAUCCUGGCACACCCCCUCACUGAAAGCGAGGUUGCUACGACAAACAGCUCUUCGGUGAGGAAAGGCUU